UAAAGGUAUGGAUUGGGGUUGGGUGUUUAUGUUGUAUUUAAAUGGUAUAUUAGUCAUUUACUUUAUUAGUUAAUAAAAAAAUUAAAAUAAUUUAUUAGAAUGUUAUUCAGUAAAAGUUAUUUUGAAAGAAGGUUAUUUAGCUUAAUAUUCCAAAUAGGCUCCUCGAAGUUGAAAGAAGUUAUGUAGCCUCAUCCAUCCACAGAGAUACUCUGCUGCUACUCUGUACCACUGAACUCUACUAAAACCCCAUUCUCAGUUCAAUCCGAAGGAAAAAAUGAUAAUCCAAACGGCAUUCUCUGCUCCAUCCCUUUGGUCCUCUUGCUCUGCCUACAGGUUCAAUCUCAACCCUCUCCUCUUCUCCAAAACUCGUCGUCGCUCUCCUUGGCAUUUCACCCGUCUCAGUUCCCGCCUCUUCGCUGUUGCUGCAUCUGCAAAUGGCACGUUUACUUCCCCAGAGAUAGCAAAGUCAUUCGACUUUACAUCAGAGGAACGCAUUUACAAUUGGUGGGAUUCUCAAGGAUAUUUUAAACCAAACUUUGACCGUGGUGGUGAUCCAUUUGUUAUUUCAAUGCCACCUCCCAAUGUUACCGGUUCACUGCAUAUGGGGCAUGCAAUGUUUGUGACUCUUGAGGAUAUUAUGGUUAGAUAUAAUCGAAUGAAGGGAAGACCUACACUCUGGAUUCCAGGGACUGAUCAUGCUGGUAUUGCAACUCAGCUUGUUGUGGAAAGAAUGCUUGCAUCUGAAGGAAUAAAAAGAGUCGAAAUGAGUCGAGAUGACUUCACGAAGAGAGUUUGGGAGUGGAAAGAGAAGUAUGGUGGGACAAUCACAAAUCAAAUUAAAAGACUUGGUGCUUCUUGUGAUUGGAGUAGAGAGCACUUUACCCUUGAUGAGCAGCUAAGUGGAGCUGUAAUUGAGGCAUUUGUCAGGCUUCAUGAUAAAGGUCUAAUUUAUCAAGGAACAUACAUGGUGAACUGGUCUCCAAGUCUACAGACUGCUGUUUCAGACUUGGAAGUAGAAUAUCAUGAAGAAAAAGGUAUUCUCUAUUAUAUGAAGUAUCGGGUGGCUGGAGGUUCAAGUAGUGAUUACCUGACAAUAGCAACAACACGGCCAGAGACUUUAUUUGGUGAUGUAGCUGUUGCAGUGCAUCCUAAGGAUGGUCGAUAUUCAAAGUACAUUGGUAAAAUGGCUAUUGUACCGAUGACAUAUGGUCGACAUGUUCCUAUAAUUGCUGACAUGCUUGUUGAUAAAGAUUUUGGGACUGGUGUGUUGAAGAUAAGCCCUGGACAUGAUCACAAUGAUUAUAAUAUUGCUAAAAAGCUUGGUUUGCCCAUACUUAAUGUGAUGAACAAGGACGGAACACUUAACAAUGUUGCGGGACUGUACUGUGGGCUUGAUCGGUUCGAGGCUCGGAAGAAGCUGUGGUCAGAUCUGGAAGAAACAGGUCUAGCUGUGAAAAAGGAGCCACAUACUUUACGAGUACCCAGAUCCCAACGUGGUGGAGAAGUAAUUGAGCCACUUGUAAGCAGGCAAUGGUUUGUUACCAUGGAGCCCUUAGCAGAUAAUGCCCUUCAAGCUGUAGAAAAAGGAGAUAUAAAAAUCAUUCCUGAAAGAUUUGAGAAGAUUUAUAAUCACUGGCUAUUAAAUAUUAAGGAUUGGUGCAUAAGUAGGCAAUUGUGGUGGGGACACCGCAUACCAGUUUGGUAUAUUGAGGGAAAAGACAAUGAAGAAGAAUAUAUAGUUGCUAGAAAUGCUGAUGAAGCUCUUAAGAAAGCACAAGAGAAAUAUGGGAAGGCUGUAAAGAUUUAUCAAGAUCCAGAUGUACUAGACACAUGGUUUUCAAGUGCAUUAUGGCCCUUCAGUACUCUUGGUUGGCCAGAUGUGUCAUCAGAAGAUUUUAAGCAGCUUUAUCCUACAACAGUGCUUGAAACUGGACAUGACAUAUUGUUCUUUUGGGUUGCGAGGAUGAUCAUGAUGGGAAUCGAGUUCACUGGAAGAGUUCCAUUUUCGUAUGUUUACCUACACGGUCUUAUUCGAGAUUCACAAGGGAGAAAAAUGUCUAAAACAUUGGGAAAUGUAAUAGAUCCGUUAGAUACGAUAAAGGAAUUUGGCACAGAUGCUUUACGAUUCACACUUGCUUUGGGAACUGCUGGUCAGGACCUCAAUUUAUCCACUGAGAGGUUAACCUCCAACAAGGCAUUCACAAACAAAUUAUGGAAUGCUGGAAAAUUCAUAUUACAGAAUUUGCCUAGUCAAGAUGAAACAUCUGUUUGGGAAAAUAUACAUUCUUUCCAGUUUGACAAAGAGGAGUCUCUUUGUGUGCUACCUUUGUCGGAAUGUUGGGUGAUAUCAAAACUUCACUUGCUUGUUGAUGCCGUCACUGUAAGCUAUGACAAGUUUUUCUUUGGAGAUGUCGGAAGAGAGACAUAUGAUUUCUUUUGGAGCGAUUUUGCUGAUUGGUAUAUUGAGGCCAGUAAAGCUCGUCUUUACAACAAUAGUGGUGAUUCCGCAGCUUGUGUAACACAGGCAGUUCUAUUAUACGUUUUUCAGAACAUACUUAAAAUAUUACAUCCUUUCAUGCCAUUUGUGACUGAGGAGCUCUGGCAGGCACUCCCCAACAGAAAAGAAGCACUCAUGGUGUCUUCUUGGCCACAGGUUUCACUUCCUAGGGAUAGCAACUCGAUUAAAAAGUUUGAAAAUCUACAAGCACUGACUAGAUCUAUUCGCAAUGCUCGAGCAGAAUAUUCUGUUGAGCCAGCAAAGCGUAUAUCAGCAUCCAUAGUUGCAAAUGAAGAAGUCCUCCAAUAUACAUCCCAAGAAAAGGUGGUUCUAGCUCUUCUAUCCCGGCUAGAUUUACAGAACGUCCAUUUUACAAAUUCUCCUCCAGGGAAUGCGGAACAAUCAGUCCACCUAGUAGCUGGUGAAGGGCUAGAAGCAUAUCUCCCACUGGCUGAUAUGGUUGAUGUAACCGCUGAGGUUGAUCGCCUUACUAAGCGUCUUUCCAAGAUGCAAGCAGAAUACGAGGGAUAUGCUACCCGCCUCAGUUCUCCAAAAUUUGUGGAGAAAGCUCCUGAAGAUAUCGUCAGCAGUGUUCGGGAAAAAGCAGCUGAAGUAGAAGAGAAGAUUAACCUCACCAAAAACCGUCUAUCUUUCCUCAAAUCAACUGUUCUUGUUUCAGAAUAGACUCUACGUGCACUUACAAUAUUUCUGAUACUAACAUCACUUGGUGUCUUUCUUUUGCUCGGUAAAUCUCAUUCCGAGAUCAGUUGCCGCCCAUCUUUCAAAAAUUUAACUUCAACUACGUGGCAUUUGCUUCUUUGGCACUACGGAGGACUUGUAACUAACUCAACAUGCCUGGCAGCGACUGUUGAGAUGAUUGCCGUCGACUGGCAGGUGAUACGUUCGUUAUUUGUUCUAGUACCAAAUAUUCCUCUCGUUACAUUGAAUGGAUGCUCAUGUAGGUGUAGCUCUCCACUUCAACAAUUCUCUUGAUAAUUAUACUUUUUUUUUUUUGCUACUUUGCCUACGAUUCCCACUCUUGACCGUUGAUAAACCGACAUUUUUGGAGAUUAGCCUCUUCUGUCGUACACUAUUUAUUGUACAAAGUCGGUAUACGCAAGUCUUUUAUCCAACUUUUGUUGUUUGUUAGCCAUAUACGUGCCAAGUGUUUGUUGAAAUAUAGUAUAUUGGCACAAUAGGAAAAUGGAAAAUCAUCCUAUGUGCCACAACUAUAUUAGCUAUAGUUUAAUAAAUCUCGAUCAAGCUUACCAAGUAAAUUUAUUCUUUAUACUUCA